AUUUCUGAGAGUGAGGCUUUUUUUCACCAAAACAAAAAAUGUGCACGUUGGAGAAGAGAGGCGAGGUCUUCAUACUCACUUUAACCGGGUCGGGUGAGCAUAGACUCAACCCGACUCUACUAGACGCGAUUCGAUCCGCUUUGAACCAAGUCCGCGCCGCCGCCACGUCAUUCUCCGUGGCCCUGAUCACCACCGCGCACGGCAAAUUCUUCUCCAACGGCUACGAUCUGGACUGGGCCGGGUCGGACAAGGUCCGCGGCGAUCUCAUGACUUCGAAGCUCCGGUUGGUCGUCGCUGAUUUCAUCACCCUCCCGUGUCCGACGAUCGCCGCUGUCACCGGCCACGCCUCCGCCGCGGGGUUCAUUCUCGCGCGGUGUCACGACUACGUUGUGAUGAGGAAGGACAGGGGGUUUGUAUAUAUGAGUGAGAUGGAUAUCGCGCUGGUGAUUCCGGCUUGGUUUCACGCGCUGGUGAAGAACAAGGUCGGAUCGGCGACGGCGGUGAGGGACUUGAUGCUGAGAGCGGAUAAGGUGACGGCGGCGGUGGCGGUGGAGAAGGGGAUUAUUGACUUGGCGGUUGUUGGCGAGGAGGAGACGGUUGAGGCGGCGGUUAGGAUCGGGGAGGAGUUCGUUAGGAGGAAGUGGAAGGGACACGUGUACGCUGGGAAUCGGGUUGGGUUGAUGUGGGAGGUUUUGGAGGAGAUCCGAAAGCUUGACACUAGCACUGGAUCGCGACUCUAGGAAUUAGGCCGGGUCGGGUCGGGUCGGAUCGGAUCGGGCGGGGCAUUUCCUUAUGAGCUAGCUUUUGUGUUUUAAGUUCUUGUGAUAUUAUCAUUGGUCGAAAAUAAUGACAAUUAAGUUGGGAUUACUUAAGUAUUUAAUGAAAAUAAAACUUUGUCAAAUUACAUUGAGGAAGCAUCCC